AUGUCUCGCGCGUCCUCUGCAUCUCCCAAUGGAAUUGCCGAUUCCUUUUCGCCCUGCGUGCUCGCAUACCUGACUGAGGUCUUCGACACGUACGCAAAUGAGUCGACGACGACGAAGGAUUGUGGCCAUUCGAGUCGGGUCAGGAACAAGGCUUCUGCAAAAGCUUUUGUUCAUGCGAUUCAGGGCGGCGAUUAUGACACAGACAACCCACUUCUGCAGCGUGACUUCGUAAGCAUGCACGACUUCUUGGUGUACAUGGCAUCUGGAGCGGCCGACGCAUUGGCUCUACCUAAGGUGUCUGAUUUAUCGCGACCACUCUCCGACUACUUCAUCAAUUCGAGCCACAAUACUUACAUCACUGGCAAUCAGCUCACGAGCAAAGCCAGUGUUGAACCUUAUCGAAAUGCACUUUUACGGGGCUGUAGAUGCAUUGAAAUCGACGUGUGGGAUGGCAUAUCAUCCGCGGAAUAUUCCAAUGAACCUGAAGGGUCCAAAACAAGCCGUCGGUUGACGACAAAACCGGACAUUCAUGAGGAGAGGAAAACAAACAUGCGGUCUCGUGGCAUUCAGCGGAAAUUGUCUGGUUCACCACUGGCAUGGCUCUGUCAGGCUCCACACCUGAGUUCAAAACAUUCCUCGUCCACCGACGGCCCAUCCCUCUCAGUUUCACCGAACAUCAAAGGGGUCUCAGCGACAUCUGCAAAGAGGCGGGAGCCACGGGUCGUGCACGGUCCUAGCCUCAGCAAGGGUGUCCCCUUUCGAGACGUCUGCCAUGCCAUCCGCGAGACCGCGUUUGUCUCAAGCGACCUACCAGUGGUUAUCAGUCUAGAAGUCCACGCGAGUCAUCAACAACAAGAGGUCAUGGUCGACAUCAUGCAGGAAAUCUGGCAAGAGUUUCUCGUGGAGAUUGAUUCGAUGAACACGACAUCCACGGGGACAUUGCCCAGCCCUCACGAGCUUCGGCGAAAGCUCUUAAUAAAGGUCAAGGGCCCACCGCUUGACCACCAUGGGGAGAGUGGACAGACUGAGGAUGGCCAAUGGCCUAAGAGUUCGGGCCACCCUUCGAUGCGCAAGGUGAUAGAUUUGCUGAGUUCCUUAUCCGUGUACACCCAAGGCUACUCUUUUCGGGACUUUUCACAGCCGGAAGCCUCUUUGCCCACGCACAUAUUCUCUCUGUCCGAAGCAGCGAUCCAGAGACUUCAUAGGAACGAAGCGAACUUGCUGUUCGCACACAACAGAAGCUUCCUGAUGCGAGUCUUCCCGUCCGGGAGGCGGGUGGACUCUUCCAAUUUCAAUCCUUGUUUUUUCUGGGGGCAGGGAAUCCAAAUGGUGGUGAUGAACUGGCAACGCCUGGACGCGGGCAUGAUGCUCAACCAUGGCAUGUUCGCCGACGAAUCCGGCUGGGUCCUAAAGCCCGACGGGUACAGGUCCGACAAAGUCGCCUCUGAAUCGUCCGGGGGAGGAAAGCCUCCCCUCGCACCAGCGGAGUCUAGGCUCAAACGACGCAGUCUAUCCCUUUGCAUGACGCUGUUUGCGGGCCAAAACAUCCAGCCUUCCACAAGCUCGGCUCACGACCGGAUUAACCCCUACGUGGUGUGCGACCUUCACCUCAUGAUACCAAGUGAGAGGCCCCUUGACAGCCUGAGCACUACUGAGGAAAAGACAGCACAAAAGUCUAGAACGUAUAGACAGCGCUCAGAACCAAGCAAGGGCCCAGAUCCUGACUUUCGGCGAGAACGCUUGUGUUUUCCCCUGGUUUCGGACGUGGCUGAAGAACUCAGCUUUCUGCGGUUGAAAGUGAAAAAUUGUCAAAUCGGUAAAGAUAGUCUCAUCGCCUUUGCAUGCUUGCGGCUCGAUCGGUUACGGCAGGGAUAUAGAUUCAUCCAUCUGCUUGACGACAGAGGCGUUCGCAGCGAGGGAAGGAUUUUGGCAAAGAUCGAAAAGGCGUCGUCAUCUUCAUCGUUGUAG